GCCAUCUGUACGUUACUGCGAAUAUUGAGAGAGCUAGAGGGGCCCUUUCGCAGCGGACGAAAUUAGUCGUAGGAUAUUACGCGGCUGUUCCUUACAGAAAAAAAUUAUGAUGGCAAGCAAGGCUUGGAAGGUAGUCCAGCCGCAUGUGCCGAUGAUCAAGUUCCGAAAGGGUGGCAUCGAUCUCGCAGUUGCUGGCACGUCGGCCGCGCCAUCUACGCGACCAGGAUCGGCGCAGAUGCAGCAGAGCGCGGGUGGUGCGACGGGCCCCCAAGUGGUCGUUCUGCCGACGAUAGAGGACAUUCACUUGCCACCGCGAUAUCAGAGACGGCCGAUAGAUCAGAAGGAAAUAGAAUAUAUCAAUCGUGGCGGACCAGAGUGAGUUUGCAAAGCAAGCAUUUAGGAUACUGUAAGCUCUAUACUUAGGUAAUUAACUUUGUUAUUGACCGACUUGGUGUAAUGUGUUGUUAAAAUAAAUGGACGUGACAGAGAGUUCCCGCGCUGUGAGAGU